GGAAGUCUGUCCCAGCACUGUCCUGCUCCAGACACGGUUACCAAUGUCAGGUGUGGGGGAAAUUUUGAAAGCAAUUGGCGAUUUUGGGCCGUUUCAGAAACGCCUGGUGCUGCUCACCCUGAUCCCCUGCCUCAGCGUGGCUUUCCACCAGUUCUGCCAGCUUUUUAUGGUUUUGGAUGUUCCCCACCACUGUGACACCAGCUGGAUCCGCACCGUCGGCCCCAACCUGACGCAGGAAGAGCAGCUGAACCUCACCCUGCCCCGGGAUGCGGACGGGGAGUACGAGCAGUGCUCCAUGUACUCCCCGGUGGACUGGGACCUGGACUCCAUCGUGGCAUACGGCCUGAACGCCACGCAGAAGUGCAGCAGUGGCUGGGUGUACCCAGCAGAGCCACCAUCCCUGCUGACCGAGUUUGACCUGGUGUGUGACAGGAAGGACCUGAAUGACAUUGGCCAGGCCAUCUACAUGGCGGGGCUGCUCCUGGGAUCCAUGAUCUUUGGGCCGCUGAGUGACAGGAUCGGCCGCCGGCCAGUCAUUCUGAUCUCCGUCAUCCUCCAGGGCUUGUUUGGUCUGGGAAUUGCCUUUGUGCCCCAUUUCUAUGUGUACAUGGCCUUCAGGUGUGUCGUGGGGGCUUCGGUGUCAGGGAUCACCAUGACAAUACUGUCGUUAGCCACAGAAUGGAUUGGUGUCUCCUCCCGGCCUAAGGCAGUGCUUACCUCUCACUGCUGUUUCGCCAUUGGACAGAUGAUUUUGGCUGGUUUGAGUUAUGGGAUUCGCAACUGGAGGCUGCUGGAAAUUGCAGGAUCUGCUCCUAUAUUGGUCGUUUUCUUCUACAUUGGGGUGCUCCCAGAGUCAGCUCGGUGGCUGGUGACAAAAGGCAGGAUAGAGGAAGCCAAGAAGCUCCUUCAGAAGGCGGCGGCCACCAACAAACGCAGCCUCCCGGAAGGACUCCUGGAGCAGUUGAAGCCUGAGAAACAAACCAAGUCUGGAAGUCUUCUGGAUCUCUUUCGGAAGAAGCACCUCCGGAAGGUGACUUUAAUCAUGUCAUGUGCCUGGUUUGUGAACAGCUUUGUCUACUAUGGGCUGAGUCUGAAUGUGACAAAUUUUGGCCUGGACAUCUACCUGACCCAGCUUGCCUUUGGAGCAGUGGAAAUCCCAGCCCGUGUUGGUUGUAUCUUCACUCUGCAGUGGUUCGGGAGGAGGAAGACCCAGACUGUUCUCCUGCUGCUGAGUGGCGUGGUGUGUCUGAUCAUCACUGGCAUUCCUGAAGAUCAGCCCCUGGCAACCACCAUCCUGGCCACCAUUGGCAAGUUUGCUGCCUCAGCCUCCUUCUCCACCUCCUACGUCUACACAGCAGAGCUUUUCCCCACGGUCGUCAGACCCCCCGCUGCCCCUCGCUCCCCAGGCAGACCGGCGUGGGGCUGUGCUCGAUGUCGGCGCGGGCGGCCGGGAUCCUGGCCCCGCUGGUCCGGCUCCUGGGGCAGUACCACGAGGCCAUCCCCAUGGCCAUCUUUGGGAGUGCCCCCGUGCUGGGGGGGCUGCUCUGUGUCCUGCUGCCUGAGACCCGCGGCAUGGAGCUGCAGGAUGACACGGAGGACGGCCAAACCCGGGCUGAGGUCUACGAAAAUGGCACCAGCAGCUCUGAGAAUGGACAGGUGAAAGGAAAGGAUGGUGUCCAAGUCAAUGAGUGCACAAAGACCACUUACUUCUAGCUGGGUCUGCAGGGGUCUGUAGCUGAAGGCAGCCCGGUGCUGUGUGGGCACUGAGGGCAGGCAGGGUCUGUACCACAGGACAGCACCACCACUCAGGCUAUCACUGCCAGUUCUUGGCUUUCCUUGUCCUUUUUGCCUUCCUGUAUCUCCCUCUAUAGCUUGUCCUCAGGCACUGCAUCCUGUCACUGGUGUCCGGCAGUGCUCCCGCUGGAGAAAAUCGGGUGCUUUUCAUUUAAGGGAAAAAAAGAAAGAAGUCAAAAACCAGAAUGGGGACUUUUUUCUCUUCAUUUUUCCUGUCUUGUCUCCAGGAAGGUGAGACUGUAAACUCUGUCCAGUGAGACACCUGAAUUGAAUAGAGUUGCAAGAGAGCACUGUGCUCACUAACAGGAGAACUAGAGCAGAUGCAGCACUGAGAACAUUCUCACUCUUGCAAAAAGGAGUGAUUUAUCUUGACUGUCUAGCAAGGUUAUCCCUCUCUCUCAUAAAAACACUCCUUUUUAUUUUUUAAAAUUUGAGAUAUUCAGCUGAGAAAAAAAAAUGGUGUGAUGGAAGAAACAGCAAGCAGGCAACAAGGACAUCUAACAGGCAGAUGAAUUCUCACCUUAGUGAUGGUGGCUUUGAAUUGAUGCCUGUUGUGGUGCUUUGGGCAUGGGAAAUGGUGCUGUUGGGCUGCAGUGUAGGGCCAAAUUAAUUUGUCCAUUUCAGGAAACUGAGAUGUUGUGGCAGUUGGGCUCUUAGAAGAAAGUGCAAAUCUUUCUGGGAAAUAUCAGCUUUUUCUACUCUGUUUUAGUCUAUUCAUUCUUGGUGGAUCCGUUUCAGUCUUUAAAUGAUUUAGGACCACUUUUGCCUUAUAUUGUGAAGAAAAAACAGGUGUUUUUCCUGUGAUCCCCUUUCUCUUAUCUUCUGUCCCUCAAGAUAACUUUCUUUUCCCAUUGGUUUGGUACAGAUCAAGUGUGGAAGUUGCACAUGGUGGCGCUCCAUCUUUGCCUGUACAGCUCAAAGGCUAUUUUCUGGUAGUGUCAAGAAGCUUUUAAACCAGAAAAUAUUUUUUCUCUCUGUUGUCAUGCCCAUGUGUUUUCCAUGGACCAAAGCACCUCAUGGAUAAGCAGUUUGAUGAAGACAAAGUUUUGUAUAAAAUUGGUGCCAUGUGACAAUGUCCUGCCAGGAGGGACUGGCUGUGGUGCCCUCUUCUCUCUGGGUCUGCUUUUCAGAGGAUGUGCUGUGGUGCUCCUCUGCAGUGCCCUGAGAAUAGAGGAGCUCAGUCCUUUGCCCAAGGGCACUCUUUCCUUGGAAAAGGCUGUGGGCUGCCUCCUUCAGGCUUUUGUGGAAAACAAGGCAUUGAAUGUAAAGGCUGGGGGAAGAGCUUAGAGCCAAAUGUACAGUACUGAGGAAACCACGAUUUCUUUUGGGAAUUGUGCUCUGAGAUUCUCUGGUUUAGCUCAUUUCAUAAAUAAAGGCAUCCAAGCAGAGC